CGUGGCUUCAACGCGUGCACAAACGGCCCACCUACAACACCUGAUCUUUAAUCGAAACAAUUAAUUCUGCUAUCAACCUCCCGCCCAACCCACGGGAAGAUGCGAUUGUCAGAGCGGUCUUAGAUUUUUUUUUUUCCCCUUUUCCUUCCAGAGAGCUUCCAACCGACUGCCGUCAAUAUGCGGUUGGCCUGGUAUGCCGGGGCCUCGACGGCCCUCGCCGGCGGCGUGGUGUUUUCCGCGUUCAACCAGCGGGCCAAUUUCUACUCGGCCAUGGUCCAUCUGUCUCAGAGCAACCUCUCCAUAAUGAUCCUACUCAACAUUGUUAUGUUUGUUUACAUCUCUUUCAUUUACGGUCUCCAAAGACUAUGCUACGGACAACUUCGGCCGGUCGAAAUUGAGCAGCUUUACGAGAAGGCCUGGUUCGCCGUUACAGAAACCUGCCUGGCCAUGACCAUAUUCAGGGAGGAAAUAGGAGCUUUUUUCAUCGUCAUGUUCACGGCCCUCUUGACGGGCAAGGUCUGGGGCUGGAUUGGCGACGGUCGGGUCGAAGUCCUGGAGCAGCAACCACCCACGAACCCGCGGCUUUUCCACGCCCGCCUCAGCAUAUCGCUCGUCGUCAGCGUCAUUUACGACAUAUGGCUACUGCAAUACGCAACCCGAACCGUUAUCCAGCAGGCCCGACCUAACAUGACGGUCAUGUUUCUGUUCGAGUUUGCGAUUCUCUUGGUUUGCUCAGUGCAGACUGGACUCCGAUACAUAGUCUCCCUCACCGAGCAGAGUAUUCUCAAAACUCAGACUCGCCAAGGGCUGGAGACACGACGAAGGCAAAUCCGGGAGCAGAGGGCCGACAUACUGCGGCGCAGAGAGUCUGGCGAGGCCACAGAGGAAGAGAUGAACGAACCGCUGCCGGACGAGAAUGAUGUGGAAGAAAUGGACAUCGAGGUGCCCGGGUGGGAGGCCAAGGGGCACUGGAUCCUUGUCCUGGAUCUUUGCGCAGACUUUCUCAAGCUCGGCAUUUACGGCGCGUUCUUUGCUCUCAUCCUUAUUUUCUACGGACUUCCUAUCCACAUCAUGCGCGACCUCUUCAUGACGACCCGAUCCUUUGUCAAGCGCCUCGGAGCCUUGUUGCGCUAUAGACAAGCGAUUAAGGAUCUUAACAGGUAUCCCGACGCCACUGAGGAGGACCUCAACCGGGAAAACACAUGCAUCAUCUGUCGAGAGGAGAUGCAUCCCUGGAACGCAAAUGAUGCAGCUCGCAUUGAACGGACUCGGCCCAAGAAGCUUCCAUGUGGGCACAUUCUUCACUUUGGUUGCUUAAAGAGCUGGCUUGAGCGCCAGCAGGUGUGCCCAACCUGUCGCCGUUCCGUGGUCAUUGGUGCGCCUGAACCGGGAAGGAGAGACGCCAAUCCUGCCCCGUUUCGAGCAGCAGGCGUUGUACCCGGGAAUCCCGCGAACUUGGCGGCUCAGCCCCCUGCAGGCAAUGCCCCAAAUAUUCAGCAACAGCCACAGCAGCAAAAUCGCCCGAAUGUCAGGAUGUUCGACCUCGGACCCAUCAGACUUGGAUUCGCUCGAGGCGGGGCACAGGAUCUCCAGGAAAUGGCGCAGAUGAUGGGCGUGCCGGCACCACCUAUCCCUGAGAACAACCAUCCUGCUUUGCAGCACCCAGUACUACCGCUACAGCCAGGCAUGGUAGCGCCGUCUAACGUUGAAGCCAUCCAGGCCCAGCUGCGUGCAAUUGAGGAGCGCAUUCAGACGGAGGCAUUUACAAUCCGGUUUGCCCAACAGGAGGCUCAGGUGCUUAGGCUGUUACUGCAGCAGCUUGAAAUGAUACGUCACGCGCAAGCAAGGAAUCUUGCCGCGGCACAGGAAACAGGCGGACAACAGCCAUCCGCGUCAGGCAGUGGCGUUCAGCCUCAGCAGACACAACACCCGUCUAUAAUUCCUGAUUCGCAAACAAGUAAUCACAACCAACCUCCUACAGCUACCGAUUCGAGCUCUAACGCAGGUGCUGCCACAACAACAUCCCAGGCGUCUCUGGGAGGCUUACAGCAAGGAGGUCCUUCUGUGCACAACCUGCCUCCAGCAUUACAGACACUCAAUUCAUCUGCUGGGGCUGGCUCAUUUGGGCUCAGCCAUCAUACCGUAGCACCAAAUACCGCACCGAUCCCAGCUGGUAGCUCUGAUUUACCAGAAGGCCUUGUACUUCCUCCGGGAUGGUCAUUAUUGCCGCUGAAGAGGGCGGAUGGAAUGCCACCUGCAGCGCCUGAAAUUCAGAGAACAGGAGAAACGAGCCGGGCUACUGUGGCGGUAUCAGAGGUAGCCACUCAAAGCCAAUCUCAGUCUGUUCAAGGAUCUAAGCCGGCACCAAAUGAGUCCACUCCAGUGACGGGAGCUGUGGGGACCACAACAGCGACCCAGGAUCAGAGAGAUGAGGACGAUAGUGACACUUCAUCCUCUGAAGAAAGCGAGCAGAGUCACGAUGGUGGACCGACAAACGCCAAGGACGCAAUGCCUUCAUGGGGAGGUUCAGCCCAGCUCUUUGGAGAUAGCGGGGCUGGAGGAAAUAGGCAGCAGCAGCAAAGUCGUCAAGCGGAUGACAAGGGCAAAGCUCGAGCUGUGGAAGUUGAAGAUGAGGAUGAUUAGUGAUGAUGACCUUUGAUUUCUGUAUUUUCUUUCAAGCAAUCAAUAUCGAUCAAACAGAAAGCAGAUUGAAGCAUGUGAAAGUGUUGGUGAUAGCGGUGCAUUGAUUGAAACUCGACUGUUUCGUAAUGGCAAACAAACAUGGUUGUUUGGUUCGUAGUUCACUUUUAACGGCAUCGGUCAAUUGAAACGCGUGAAAACUGGUUAAUCGGAACUUUUCUUUUUCUUUUUUGCUUUACUUAGACCGACGAGGCGACGGGAUUGUACAUAGCAAUUUCGGGCAUCGUAUUGUAAAGUAUUCGGAA